AUGUGGGGCUCAUCAUUCAGCCUUUCAGUUGUCGACAAAUUUGUCUUUAGGGAAAUAGUUGACAACAAUGUUCACGAGACACUGGAUAGCCUUAAUGUGUCCUUGCUAUGCCAUAAAUAUGAGCUUGAUCAGGUCACCACUCUCAAUAUCAUCUCGUUGAACGGUGCCAGAGCCACUUAUAAAAUUGUUGUGAAGACUAAGCAGCCUGCGAUUUUUGAAACGUUGGUGACGGAUAAUGAGACUGGAAAUCUGGAAUUUGGUGAAAUCGAGAGAGGGGAUAGAUAUGGGACAAGCACUUAUUGUACGAAGAAGACUCACUAUACGGCGUUGUGUUAUUGUAAAGAAUGA